GUGGGCGGCUUGUGGCUUCCUUCUCCUUUUUCCCAUUUUUGUUGUUUUCCUCAAUCCAAAGGAGAAAACCCCAUAAACCUCUCUCACUUUCUCGGAAUUCGAUUUCCUACGAGAAAAUAUCUCGAGGGGAAAAACUAUCGUGCUCUGGAAAAUCCAGGAAAUGGCGGCUAGGUUCAUGUUCCGUCGGAGUUCUCAGAUCCUGCGAUCUAUUCAAAGGCAUCCUCAAAUCCAAUCGUCAUCCUUCGAAUCUCCGACGCCGAUUCUUUAUUCGUUGACCACCGCCUCAUCAGAUCUGUCGCGAUUAUCGUCCUUCACCUUCCUCCGAUCCCUCUCAAUCGCUCGCCGCGGCCCCACGCGGCCCAAGAAGGUCGACAUCGGAGCCAGAGCUCGUCAGAUGCAGAAUCGCCGCUUAUGGACCUACGCCUUAACCUUCAGCUGCAUCGCAGGCUUCGUGGUUAUCGUCCUCAAUCAGUUCCAGGACCAGCUUGUCUUCUACCUUACGCCAUCGGACGCUAUGGAGAAAUUCGCAGAGAAUCCAACGAAGAACAAGUUUAGGCUCGGAGGUCUGGUUCUAGAAGGCAGCGUCGCGCAGCCUGCGGCGUCUCAGGAGAUGGAGUUCGUGAUUACCGAUUUGAUCACUGAUAUUCUAGUCAGGUACAAGGGAUCUUUGCCGGAUCUGUUCAGGGAAGGUCAUUCCGUUGUGGUUGAAGGAUUCAUCAAGCCGUUAACUGAUGAAGUGAAGAAGGAGGUUUCCACGAAACCAGUUUCUCAGAAAGCGAGGAAUCUCGAUUGCUUCUUCUCGGCGACGGAAGUUUUGGCGAAGCACGACGAGAAGUAUAUGCCACAGGAGGUUGCGGCGGCGAUUGAGAAGAAUAAGAAGAUAAUCGAAGCUAAUCAGGCGACUGAACAAGCGGCUAAAUUGGCUUCUUAGAUGGUAUAUUUUUCAUUCUUUUCAGCUACUCAAGAGUUUUCCAAGUUGGAGCAUUUGGUGGGUAUUGUUCAUCUUAUUAAUAUACAUUUGAUUUAUAGUUCCCGGAAAGAGUAGGAAGAUGUGUUUCAUUCCUGUAAAACAGAGAUUUGAUUUCCACUCUUUUUGAGAAUUAGGAAGAAGAAACUGGAUACACUAUACAUUAGCCUUUGUCUGAUCCCACAAGGCUAAGCUAGACUAUUUUCUUGUUAUGUUGAUCAAAUAAAGUGAACACUUUUACGAGGGAUCAAAUCAAUUUUGCU